AUGUCGACAUACGCGAAAGCGGAUCCUGUAACCGUCUCCCUCGAUGAACUCGAAAGGGGUACUGUUCCGUUCGAAAAGCUAGAGGACGCCUUCGGACCCGAAUCGUUGGGUAUUCUUGUCGUGUCGGAUCUAGAUGCGAAGUUUGCUGCGCUUCGUCUGCGACUACUAUCAUACGCUACCCACCUUGGUAAUCUUCCGGCCGCAGACCUGGCUGCGCUUGAAUGCGAGGAAGCGAAGUGGCUUGUUGGCUGGUCUUGUGGGAAAGAAAAGCUCGAUAACGGGAAAUACGAUACAUUAAAAGGCAGUUAUUAUGUUAACUGUGCAUGGUAUAAAGAUCCGAAGCUAGACGGUGCUGAAGGAGACUAUCCGCAUCUACCGGAAUAUACAAAAGGAAAUAUAUGGCCAACAGAGGAAAUACUGCCUGGUUUUAAACAGACAUUCCAAGAGCUGUGCGCCUUGAUAAUAGAUACUGCAGUACUUGUCGCCCGAGCUUGUGACCGAUAUGCAGAGAAGAAUAUCACAGAUUACAAGAAGGGUUAUCUCGAACAUAUAGUCAAGACUUCUUCUUCGAGCAAGGCUAGACUUCUCCAUUAUUUCCCUCCGCCAAGCUCUGCGACCGAAGAAAGCGAAGACGAUCUGGAUAGCUGGUGCGGAACUCAUCUCGAUCACGGCUGCCUUACUGGCUUAACAUCGGCCAUGUUCGUAGAUGAGAAGUCAAAUCUACCUUCAAUACAAAAUGGCGUCGAACUGGAGGAGCUUGCAGCUUCCCCGGACCCAGACUCGGGAUUAUAUAUUAAGAACAGAAAGGGAGAGGUUGUCAAGGUUGGAAUUCCAAGGAGUUGUUUGGCUUUCCAGACGGGCGAAGCUCUGGAGGUAAUUACACAAGGAAAAUUCAAAGCCGUGCCGCACUUCGUUAAAGGCGCCAGGGCUUCGAAAGCACCCGGAGUUGCUCGAAAUACUCUAGCCGUUUUCACCCAACCGAAUUUGUUCGACAAAGUGGACCACAGAGACUUCGCUACUUUCGCCAAGGAGAUCGUUGAGCGAAAUCAUUAG